CCUUCCAGACUAGAGCAUCCUUUAGGCAUUACCAGGGAGGAGGAGGAGAUCUUACCUGUUCUGCUGCAGUCUUCUCAUCCAGCAGUUGCACAUCCACUCAACUGCUGCCUGCAACCUGCAGACCCUUCCCAAGCUGCCAUCAUGUCUUCCCAGAAGCCCCCAGAUGUCUACACCAUCUCUACUAUAGAUGAGCCAGUAAAAGAGAAACCAGCUAAAAAAUCAAAGAAAGACAAGAAGAAUGAGAAGAAAGUGGACAACCUCAAAAAGGAACUUGAAAUUACGGACCACAUUAUAAGUGUGGAGGAGCUGGAGAGGAAAUAUUCCGUUAACAUUAAGGAGGGCCUAAGCACUGCCGCUGCUGAGGAGGUUCUUGUUCGGGAGGGACCGAACAAACUUACUCCUCCAAAAGGAACCCCUGAAAUUGUCAAAUUUUUGCUGCUUAUGGCUGGCGGAUUUUCCAUUGUGUUUUGGAUUGCGAGUGCUUUGUGUUUCCUUGCUUAUGGUCUACAAGUUGCACAGGAUCCCACUGUUUCUAAAGACAAUCUCUGGUUGGCUCUUAUUCUUAUUGGAGUGGUAGUGCUGACCGCCCUCUUUGCGUAUUACCAAGAUGCCAAAAGUACAAACAUUAUGGCCGGCUUUAAGAACAUGGUUCCUCAGCAAGCCGUGAUUCUUCGAAAUGGAAAGCGUAUAGAAAUAUUAGCGGAGAAGCUUGUUGUAGGUGAUAUCGUUUAUAUAAAAGGAGGAGACAAAAUCCCGGCUGAUUUACGCAUACUGGAGUGCCAAGGCUGCAAGGUUGACAACUCGUCUCUGACCGGUGAGUCAGAAGCACAACCUCGGGGUGUGGAGUGCACACAUGAGAAUCCGCUAGAGACCAAGAACCUUGGGUUCUACUCUACCACCUGUUUGGAAGGUGCAGCAUGUGGAAUGGUCAUAAACACAGGUGACCGUACAGUGAUUGGACGUAUUGCUGCCCUGGCCUCAAAAGUUGGAAAUCAGAAGACACCCAUAGCUCUGGAGAUUGAGCACUUUGUCACGAUAAUUAGUACACUUGCAGUGGCUGUUGGAGUCGUUUUCUUUAUAAUUUCAGUUGCUAUGGGUUACAGUCCUCUCAAUGCUAUUAUAUUCUGCAUCGGCAUCAUAGUAGCCUAUGUACCAGAAGGUCUACUGUGCACAGUCACUGUCUGCUUGUCACUUACUGCAGUACGUAUGGCAAAGAAAAACUGUUUAAUUAAGAACCUGGAGGCUGUAGAGACACUUGGAUCUACUUCGGUCAUCUGCUCUGACAAGACUGGCACCCUGACACAAAACCGUAUGACUGUGGCACAUAUGUGGUUUGAUAAAUUGAUUCACAAUGCGGAUACCACUGAGGAUUGGACUGGUGAAAUGUUUGAUCAGAGUUCACCCACCUGGUCUGCAUUAGGUAGAAUCGCCACCCUGUGCAAUAGGGCAGAAUUCAUUGGAGAUCAAGAGAAUGUUCCCGUCAGCAAAAGAACAGUCAACGGAGAUGCCUCAGAAGCAGCGUUGUUGAAAUUUACUGAGCAAAUCUAUGAGAAUGUGAUUGAAAUUAGGCAAAGAAAUAAAAAAGUGUUUGAAAUUCCUUUCAACUCAAGUAAUAAGUACCAAGUCUCUAUCCACAUCCCAGAAGAUCCUUCUUUGAAAGGCUACUUGAUGGUGAUGAAAGGUGCACCGGAGCGCAUCUUGGACAGAUGUAGCACUAUCAUGAUUGGAGGACAAGAAUUGCCACUGGAUGACGAAAUGAAAGACCAUUUUCAGGAAGCUUAUAUGAAUCUAGGAAGUCUAGGAGAAAGAGUUCUUGGGUUUAGUCAGUUACUACUUCCCGCUUCAGAGUAUGGACCUGGAUACCCAUUUGAUGCAGAAAGUGGAAACUUCCCACUAAAUGAUCUGUGCUUUGUUGGCCUCAUUUCUAUGAUUGACCCACCUCGUGCCACUGUUCCUGAUGCCGUCAUGAAGUGCCGCAGUUCUGGAAUUAAGGUUAUUAUGGUGACUGGUGACCAUCCAAUUACUGCAAAAGCUAUUGCGAAAAGUGUAGGCAUUAUUUCAAACAAUGAGACUGUAGACGACAUUGCGCAAAGGCUUGGAAUCCCGAUUGAAAGCGUUAAUCCAAGAGAUGCCAAUGCGGCUGUGGUGAAUGGUGGAGAAAUACUUGAAAUGUCUUCUGAUGAGCUGGACGACAUUUUACAAUAUCACCAAGAAAUUGUAUUUGCACGGACAUCGCCACAGCAGAAGCUUCUUAUUGUUGAGGGGUGUCAGAGACUAGGCAAUAUUGUAGCUGUUACUGGAGAUGGCGUGAAUGACUCCCCGGCAUUGAAGAAAGCAGAUAUUGGUAUUGCUAUGGGAAUUGCUGGAUCAGAUGCUGCCAAACACACUGCAGACAUGAUUUUGCUGGAUGAUAACUUUGCUUCAAUUGUGACUGGUGUAGAAGAAGGGCGAUUGAUAUUCGACAACUUGAAGAAGUCAAUUUCCUAUACAGUGACUAAGAACAUUCCUGAGAUGAUCCCCUUUAUGGUCUAUGUGAUCAUCAGUUGCCCACUGCCAAUUGGAACCAUCACCAUUCUCUUUAUUGAACUAGGCACUGACAUUAUCCCAUCCAUUGCUCUGGCUUAUGAAAAGGCAGAAAAUGACAUUAUGUUAAGAAAACCACGAAACCCUCACAAGGAUCGACUGGUGGACAUGCAGUUGCUUUCCUAUUCCUAUUUCCACAUAGCUGGAAUGGAAACGUAUUCUGGGUUUGUGAACUAUUUUACCAUAUUGGCUCAACAGGGAUUCCUUCCUAUAAAUACUAUUAAUCUUCGAGUCCCAUGGGAGGACAAGACUAACAACGAUCUAGUGGACAGUUACGGACAAGAAUGGACAUAUAGACAGCGCUUGACUUUGGAGUGGUAUUGCUACUCGGGGUUCUUUAUUAGUAUUGUCGUUUGCCAGAUGGUGAACACGUUAAUCCGAAAGUCAAGGAAAAAUACCCUGUUUACCCGCAACUUUUUCAGGAAUAAAAUGAUAUUUUUGGGAAUACUGUCACAAAUAUUUAUUGGAGUAUUCAUGUGUUAUGUCCCUGGAAUGGACGAUGCCUUGCAUUUCACAAAUAUUCGAGUCCAGUAUUGGUUUGUGGGAAUUGAAUACGCAGUCCUGAUCUUGGUUUAUGAUGAAAUUAGAAGGCUGCUUAUAAGGAGAAUGCCUGGAAGUUGGGUGGAAAAAGAAUUUUACUAUUAAGUGUCUAUUCAUUUUGCCAGCUCCCGUUAUUGACCCUCUCAUCUGACAAACCCUUCCCUAUUGCACAUUUUCACAUACUGUAAAUUUGUACAUUACUAUGCUGUAAAUAUAAAAAGUUUUAAAUAUUUAAAAUAUA